UCAGUUUAGCGUUUACAACACUGCUCCCGGGAUGUUAACAUCCCUCCGUUUUUGGAAAGUCGCCUCUUUAUUUAUUCGCAUAAUUUCGGUCGGUCAGACAUGCUGCACUAUCAUCUUUUAACCUUUUCUUUUUUUUUACUUAAACAUGACUUGAAGAUCCUGUGGCUGCAGGUGGAACGUGAUUGACACUUUUAUGAGCAUUUUACACUUCUCCUCCCUGGUCAACUGCCUCGUUCUCCUAUGGAUGCGCCGGCAUUGUUAAGAUGGUGUUGAAUCAUCUAUGCCAACUGGAGCAGAGCAACACAGACAGACGGAGCGUGUCCACAAAAACACCACUGUGACUUCCCUACCGUCCACACCGAUCAGAAUGAGCUCCAGAAGAAUGUUGCGAUGGCUGGUUUGUGGUCGCUUGGGUCCAGUGUGGAUGUGGAAGGCAUUGCUUCUCUUCGGGGCAAUUGCAUUCGCCAGCCAGUUGUUGGGGGUCAUCUUCAACAAGAGCAGUGUACAUCCAGCUGCUCACUCCAUUUUCUCGUUCCCUGAUGCUCAGGGGCCCUCUUUGGGUUCCUGUCAGCCCCACACCCACAUCAUGUUCCUGAAGACACACAAGACGGCCAGCAGCACUGUGCUCAACAUGCUGUACCGAUUUGGAGAGGAGCACAACCUUCGCUUUGCCUUGCCAAUGAGCUACCAGCUGGGCUAUCCACUGCCCUUCAAUGCUCACAGGGUCAAAGGUUAUCGGGGUCCUGGAGCCAAGGAGUUCCACAUCAUGGGAAAUCACAUGAGAUUUGACAAGCUGGAGGUGGAGAAGGUGAUGCCGGAAGACACCUUUUACUUUUCUAUCAUCAGAGACCCGGUUUCUCUGGCUGAGUCCUCCUUUUCUUAUUUCAAAGAGGUAGCACCUGCCUUUCGGAAGGCCAAAGGCUUGGGCGACUUUGCUGAUGACCCUAAGAAAUACUACGACCCUCGUUUGCGCAAUAAUCACUAUGCCCGUAACGGUCUGUCGUUUGACUUUGGAUUGGACCACAAUGCUAAUUUCUCUAUGGCACUGGCUCAACGUGGUGAGGCCAUGAUCCGCCAGGCCUUCAAUCUGAUUCUGAUGUCCGAGUACUUUGAUCAGUCCAUGAUCCUGUUGAGGCAUGCCAUCUGCUGGCCACUGGACGCUGUUGUCUCUUUCAACCUCAAUGCCCAACAGCAGAAGCCCAGUGGCAUUGGGUUGAUGGGAGGGAGCCGGUUUGGCAAAGCUGCGGCUGGUUUCAGUGAUAAAGGAGGACAUUCUCAAGCCAAAAUGCCGCCAAAUCUGCCACUCACAGAGGAACAGCGUGAAAGGCUGCGGCAGUGGAACGCCUUAGACUGGUACUUAUACAAAGCCUUCAACAAGACCUUCUGGGAGGAAAUUCAGAGGUUUGGUCUCACUGAGAUGGAGCAGGAAGUAGCUCUUCUCAGGGCACGGCGGGACGUACUGGCCCAGGUUUGCCUCAGGAAUGGUGGGAAACCUUUGGAGGCAUACCGGAUCCGAGAUAAAACCAUCCGGCCAUAUCAGACUGGAAUGGUAAAGAUUCUUGGCUAUGAGCUUCAGCCAGGGCUGGACAACGCCACCAGAACAGCCUGUCUGAGAAUGAUCAGGCCAGAGAUCCAGUACAAAGACGUGCUUGAUGCUAAACAGUUCCCACGGGAUUCUGCAUCUCAAGUCCAGCCAGGGCAACAGAGCCAGGGACGGGUGGUCUCAGCUGGUGGCUCUUUUUUAAAACAAGACUCAUCGAGAACAGGAGAGACACGGGUGGCGGGAGAGGUUGGGGGGAGGACAGUGGAGGAAGGGGAGCGAGACUGGGAUGCAAGCCAUUCAAUCCGGACCAACCAGACUUUGAUGCGAGGGAAAGAAAAGGAAGGUUGAGAUGGUUUGAGCUUCCAUCUCCGCCUGCUAUCCUCACAUCCUGGUUGUAAAUUGACCGGAAGUACUUGAAUAUUCUCAAAUUAUUACAGAUUUGAAUGAAGUGGAAUUGCAAAUGUUCAUUCAGAAUGCAGUGGUGUACCCUGGCUUGGAUUUUACUUGAAACUGGAUAUAUAUUUGUGGACAGUUGUAAUAGACCAUGCUCUUUGUGUGCAUCCACUGAGUUGUUUCUUUUCUGGUACUGAAUAAAACAUUUCUUUAACGUCA